AUGGUCGCCGCUGUCGAGGCAGAUAUGGACAUCAACUACGAGAUGAAGGAUCUCCAACAUUCGCUGCGGAACGCGACGCUGGAACUCAGUCUCGAGCGGAGUAAGCAUUCGGUCGAAGUAGUAGUCAAAGACGAGGAGAUCCGGAAGUUGCAAGUUGCCCAGUGCCUCCUGCAAGACGAGAACAGCGACCUACACGAACAACUCGAGGAGGAGCAGGCGCGAUCCGACGAGCUCGAGGCAUCGCUCGAAGAGGCCCUUGCGCAGUUGGACGAGCAACGCGCAGAGGCAGAGGCAGCACAAAACACCAUCCGCACCCAGGCGCGGGAAGUCGCGAAUCUCAAGGCCGAACUCAAGGCUAUGGAAAACGUCACAUCCGACUCCAACAAGAUACUUUCCGAUAAACUCGCCCUCUCCCGCGAAAUCUCAUCACUACGCCCCGAAGUCGAACACCUGCGCGCCCAGGUCGAAGCAAACACCGGCCUGCUCUCUGAGAAACUCGCAUUGCAACGCCAGAUGACUACGCUACAAGUCGAACUCGAGAACGAGAAGCGGACCUCCGCCCGUACCAUCGCGAAACAGGGGAAGAAGAUGGAGCAGGAUGAGGACCUGCGCAACGAGUUGGAGGAGGUACGCAAUGAGCUCGCAACGGAGAAGAAGGACCGGAUGAAGGCAGAGGCAGGGCUUACAAAGGCUGAAAAGGCCAUGGAGAAGGUGCAGGCCGAUCUGGAGUCGCAACAACAGGCAACCGAAAGUCUGCAGGCCAAGGUCGAGAGCCUGUCCAAGAAGGAGGCCAACAAGGCCAGCAAGCGCAGUGAGGCCCAAGAUGCCGCGAUUGAGCAACUCCGCGAGGAACUACAACAAGAAAAGGCUGCACGCCUACAAGCCGAGAAAGCCCGCAAAGACACCGCCGCCCGCGAUGCUGAGAUCGAAGAGCUGCGACAGGAACUCGAACAAGAGAAGCGCGAGCGUCAGAAGGCGGAGAAGGCGGAGAAGGCUUCGAGGAAGGGUUCGCAACAACCCGACGAUCAAGCCGAAGCUGCAAAGAAAGAACUGGAAGAAGAGAAGCGCGAGCGCAAGAAGCAAGAGAAGGAAUACAAGCAGACCUUGGCCGAACUGCAGGGCAAGAACGCGGUUCUCGACGACAAGCUGAGCGCUUUCCGCGAGAAGCUGCGAACGACCAAGGAGAAGUUGAAGGAGAAGGAAGCCGAGCUUCAGAGGGUAGACCGGGCACAGACCGCACCACCUGUCAAGAGCAUCGCAGCUGCGUCUAGCAAGCCCGCAAAGACUGCUCGAAAGCGUAUGGCUGCCACCGCCGAGCCAGAGACUAUGCUGGGUACACCAGGAGACGGCUUCCCUGCGAAGAAGGCGAAGCGCGGCACUUCGGUCUCUGCCAUGGGUGAUACAUCCACUUUCUCCUUAACGCCAUUCCUGAACAAAGCUAGCAAUAUAGCACUUGACAGUCCCAUCGUUGAAGAAGAGGAAGAAGCCGAGCAAGUCGAAGAAGAAGCUGCUGAAGAGCAAGGUACUCCGACAGCGCCUCCCAAGAAAGCCCUCAAGAAGACUGCCCAACCCAAGGUCAAGGCCCUCGCGCCAUCAGCAUCGAGCAAGGCAAACGCAAAGCCACGCAAGAAGAACGCUGCCCCAGUCCUCGAAAUGGUCUCAGAGGAAGCAUCUGAGCUCUCGCACAACACAUCCAAAGACGCAUCCGAAAACGCACCCGUAUCCAUCCCGACCAAAGACGGCGAUGGCCCAUCCAAGAAGUCCAGUAAAGUCAAGCCUCGCAAGUCCCUCAUGUCCUUUGCCACAUUUACCGAGGAACCCGCAGCGGAGAAGAAGAAGAAGCGCAAGCUUGGUGCAGGUGCCGGCAAGACGCUCUUCGAUUCGGAAGAUGCCGAAGAUGCUGCGCCCCUGAAGCCUGUUGGUCUCAGCAAAGGCCUAUUUGCGGCGAGGGCCCUGAGUAAGAAUGUGUUGGGUAAGCAGGGCCAGGGACGCCCCAUUUCGGGCGGAUUCAACAUGAUGAGUGAGGAGGCGUUUACCUUCUCGCCGCUCAAGAAGGAUCGGAGAGGAGCGAGUAUCCUGAAGUAG